AUGUUGAGUUCUGUUGAGGAAACCAGCGCCGGUCUGGUUAUCAUGCACGAAACCCAUGCUGUGUACAAGCAUUUCCUUGUGAAAGCCGGCGACGACAGCGACCACGCCACCAAGGUGUGCAUGUACUGUCGCCACAAGUUCACGGGCGGUAUGUACCGCGCUGCUCAGCACAUCACCAGCUGGAAGGGUAUGCGGCGUCGUGAAAUCCGCCUCUGCGAGGAAGCUCCCAAGACCGCGCGGGAUGGAGUGAAGUCACAGUACGAGACGAAGUCCAGGACCCGGGACCAGAAGCGCGCGGCUGAAGUCUCGGCCGUUGCUGCAGUUUCCGGUGCUUCUGGCGAGGCGAAGAAGUCUCGCAUGACCGAUUUCUACGGCGACGCGUCAGCCUGCAAGAAGAACGAUGCCGACGAGUCGAUCUGCCUCGCGUUCGCUGCUCUGCGCCUCCCCGAACACCAUGCGGACCACCCUGUUUGGCGCAACAUGGUCUCCUGCAUUGCGCGUGCGGGCGAAGGCUACCUCGCACCGAGGCGUCGCUACGUCGGCGGCGUCGGGCUCCAGAAAUGUCGUAAGCGCAUUGAGGCGGCGCUUGCUCCUAUCGCGGCGAGCUGGCGGCGGGAUGGCGUAACGGUGUCAAGCGACAUGAUGACUGAUCGUAACGGCCGUCCGCAAGCCAAUGUCCUUCUGAUCAACGACAGUGGCGCGGUCUUCGCUGAGACAAUCGACACACGGAUGGAAUCGAAGACGGGAGGUUACAUCGCGGGGCUUCUCCGUCCCAUUCUCAAGAAAGUCGGACCGGAAAAUGUGGUGGCAUUUUGCAUGGACGGCGGCUCGAACUAUGCGGUGGCGUGCAGGGAGCUGAUGGAGGAUUACCCCCACAUUGAGUACAUACCUUGUGCUACCCACGUCCUCGAUCUGUUGAUGGAGGACGUGGGGAAGAUGGACUGGGCGAAGAACCUUGUCACCCGCGGGGGAGAGAUCAUCACCUUCACGCGCAACCACCACUUCACGCGGGGGUAUUUGCGAAGCUCCGAGGUCAAGGGCGGGAAGGGCAAGCAGGUCCUGAAACCCGCGGGCACUCGCUUCGGGACGCAAUUCAUCGCUAUUUCCCGCCUUGUCGAAGUCCGUGCUGCCCUCGUGCAGAUGGUUUUAAGCGAUGAAUGGAAGGAGUGGGCAACAGGGGCAAGGAGUAAAAGCGCGGACACUUUCCGCGAGCACAUCAUGGACGAGGCUUGGUGGAAGAAGGCCGAGUUCUUCACCAAGCUCAUGGCGAAGCCGUUCGCCGUCAUGCGGGCUACGGAUGCUGCGACAAAGGGGAUGAUGGGGCGCCUCUACGACGCCAUGCUGCAGCUCACCGAGGACGUGGAUGCAAUCCUCGAGGAGCACUCCGCGGGUCACCUGACGAGGGCGGAGGUUAAGGAGAUCCGCCUCAUCGUGAAGGAUAGGUGGGAUAAGUGCUUGGCGUGCCCCUUGCAUGUGGUUGGCAGGAUCUUGAAUCCGGUCAACCAAGAGGAGGGCAUCUUCAGAAACGACAUCGAAUGCACGCGCGUGCUGAAGGGCUACAUCGCCAAGCACUACGACCACCUCACCAUCACCGCGAGCGACGGCGAGGAGCGCCGUGCCUCUCUUGUGCUGCAGGAGGAACUGACGGCGUACCUGACCCUGCAGGGGAGUUUCGGGCUGCCCACCGCCUUGGAAGACCGCGCGGCUGUGAAGGCGGGGAAGAUGACGGCCGUCCAGUGGUGGAAUUGGCACGGCACAGAUGCGCCCCACCUUGCUACGUGCGCAAUCCGCAACCUUUCGCAGCCGGUGUCUGCGUCGCCCUGUGAGCGCAAUUGGUCCAUGUGGGACGCGGUCCACACGGCAAGGCGCAACCGCCUCGGGUCCGAGAAGUGCAGGGACCUCGUAUAUGUUGUGCACAACUGGCAGGUUGUGCACAAUUGGUACAAGGUCCCUGAGGGGCAGCGGGUGGUCAAGGGCAACAUUCCUGAGGCGCCCCUUCCCGAGGGCUACAAGGUGGAGGAGGAUGGGGCGGAGGAGGAGGUUGGGGAGGAAGAGGACAUGGUUCUUGAGGAUGAGUAUGCAUAG